AAAGACCUAUAGGUCUUUGAAACUGAAUUGAGCUGAUAUACCUUGAAAAUUCUACAUUUUGCGGUAAUUUCACGUCUUUGUCUGGCAGUGAUUUUAUUAACAAGUGAUUUUCUCGAUUCAUUUGGAUAUUAAUCAAUUUGAUGCAUUUUAUUGAAUUUUAGAUUUGUCAUCCAUAUUGAAUUCAUACAGCCAUAUACCGAAUCGUGAACCUACCAAUUCAACAUGGCUGAAACUGUGUCUAAUGCGUACGACCUGACCUAUCCGAGCCCUAUCACGCUGAAAAAAAUCUCAUCGAUCGUAGUUGCCGUGGAAUUAUGGCUUAAAGAAAUCUGCACUCAUCUCGAAAGUAAACGUGUACAAAAAUUAGAUUUGGAGAAUAACAUUCCGGUGAGAACUGUUCUUCCCAUGUUGCCAUCGACGAUUUACAGUUUACUGGAAGAAUAUGUCGACAGAUUCAGAAGGUCGAUCGUUACAUGGCAGAUAUAUCAUCUUGGUAAUGUAUUCAAUCAUAGCAAUUUGAAGAACGUCUUGCGCCGGUUCCAUGAUUUUGCAUGGGACUGGGAUGGCACCAUUCACGAAGCCCGCACAGCCAAACGAAUGAUGUUGUGUGAUCGACUCACCGAAGAUGAGAAAUUCAAGCUCGCUUGUUUGUACUGCCUCGAAGAUGAUAUUAAACGGAUUUGGCCAUCUGUCAGCGAUAGGAAGAAUUUAAAUGAAAUCAAUUUUCGAACUUGUCCGCAACAGUACUACUGGAUCUGCUACCUUAGAAACGAAUUGCACAAGAUUCCUAAUCCACGUUCGAGUAAUUAUCCUAUCGACGAGUUCAUGAUUUUUAGUUUAAGUAAGGAUGAAUGUAGAUCGAUGAACGGUUCAUCUAUCAUGUAUUUUUGGAAUCGAUUACCAUCUAAUAGACAGUCGCCAUUACAUGAUUGCAUACCUAUCUUAAAGCAUGUGGUGAUAUUCUCUAGGUUUAUUUUACCAAAACUAAACAAACGUAAGCUCGACACUUUCGUGGCCGCAAAAGGUACUGUUUUGAUACGAGAUCUGUUGAAAUCUGAAUCAACUCUAGUACAAGUACAUGUUCUUCCAACUUGGAUGUAUAUUCGAAGCAGGAUCAAUAUGAAAAAAUUUUCGCAUCUUAUUAAUGAUAUGCUAGAACCAAAGCUUAUCUGCGUCACAUAUUGUCUUCAUAGAAUUGAGGCGAAUUUGUUCAGCAAGAUAUGGAACAGUGUUCCGCAGGAUUUCAAACGAUCGGUGUUAGAUGAUGUACUGUAUAAUGAUCGAUUAUUUCUCUCUCGAAAUUUGUGUGAUCCGGAAAAUAAUAGAAUGAAAUUUCUGAUCACAGUAUUGCAAGAUGCUGCUUUGGAAGAGAGAAACGCAUUUUGGCAUAAAUAUUGGCGUCAGUUGAUCUUCAGCGCACCCGUCGAAGAUUCGAUUUUUAUAAUGAAAUUUUUCUUUUCGAAAUGAAAAUGAAAUUACGUUAUGAUCGCCGAUGAUUUGUUCGGAGUAGGUAGGUAGGCUAAGUAUUGAAUGACUUUUUGUUUUUUUGUUGCCUUGAUGAGCUAUUUUUUUCAUUUUAUUAUUACCUAUUUUAUUGCUUAUUAUUAUUAUUUUAAUAUAUUGUUUCUAUUUAACAAAGUACGUAUUAAAAUAUAUGUUUUUUGGAGAGUUCAA